UUUAAAUAAAUAAAUAAUGAGGCUCUCACUCUAUUGCAAAUCCCAUUUACGUUCAAUUUUGGCCUCUCAACAUGUUUGCACCCCAACAUCUCAGUUACACCAAUUCUUGAUCAAUGGGUUAAUCAAGGCAAUUCUGUAACAAAAUAUGAGUUGCAGCAGAUAAUAACGGAGUUGAAGAUUUACAAGCGUUUCAAGCAUGCCUUCGAGGAUCCACAUUUCUCUAGUCCCUUUAUUUUUAUUAUGAUUUUUACUUUUACUUUUGGUAUUGGAUUAUGAUUUUUUGUUUCCCAUUUUUUUUAUAUGGAAGGAAAUGAUUUAUUGAAAAUAAGUAAAAAAGUGAACUUGGUGUAGAAUUCAUGUGGUUUUCACUUUUUAGAUGAUGAUCAGGGACUACAUUCUGUUGAUUGCAACAGAUGGGGAUGCAAAAAUGAAAUUUUAUUGAAUUUGUGAAGUUUGAAUGACCCACUUGAACCAUUGUUGUUUUGUUAUAUAUAAUAAAAAGAAUGAGACCUUGAUCUUUUGUUAUUAAACGACCAAAUCUUAUUACAGAUUUUGCCAAUCGAAGCAAAUGGGCCUGUGAAAUUAAGUAUGUUAAUCAGCUUGUAGAGAAGUAUGUUUACUUGUAAGUUAUUCUGUGCCUGUGAUUGUUUAUGGUCGAUUUGGAUUGGUUAUCUUCUGCCAACGAGGCUGUCGGCAUUUCUUGGAACUCUUGACAUUAUAAAAAAUUGAUCUUUUUGCUUGGAGACAGCUGCAAAAUUGACGGGGAGGUUGAAUAUGCAGGUGGCCUCAUCCUGAUACAGUGAUUUGCAGAGAUAUUUUAUUUUCAAGGCAGAAGUUGUUCAGAACCUUAUACUUUAUUUGCGUAGUGGAUAUGUUUCAAAGUCAUGCUUGUUUCCUCAUCCUCUUUAUUUUGAUUUAAUUUUAAUUUCUUUGUUCUUGCUGGAUAUCUCACUGGAUGAGCAACAGGAUGUAUUUUCCUCUUUCAUGCAAUGAUAUAGCAACCAGGAUGAACUUAAUCUUGAGGGUCCAUGGCAUACAAGAAGCAGAGAAAUAUGCUAAUGCAAUCCCACAGAAGCUAAAAGGGUUUAUGGUUUAUACUGCUCUUCUCAACUGCUAUGCACGUGAAAAAGAUGUGGAGAAGGCAGAGGCAACUUUUAAGAAGCUGACGGACAUUGGUGUUAUGAGGACCCCUCUAGUGUUCGAUAUAUUGAUGUAUCUUUACUUCCAGACAGGUAAUAAUGAGAAACUAGAUGCCUUGAUGUCCAAAAUGGAAUCAGAGGGCAUUCCAUUUGACCAAUAUACUUUCUGCAUCCGCUUUGCUGCAUUUGCAGCUGACUCUGACAAUGAGGGAAUGGAUAAGAUUCUGGAAAAAAUGGAGUCAAAUGGGGGAGGUGGUUCCAGAUGGUUGUAUUCCAGAAAAGGAAAUAAAGAUGAGUUGUAUCGUAUCUGGAAACCUGACGAGAAAAGGGAUAAAAUCUACAGUAAGGGCUAUAUGAGCAUGAUAAGCUCGCUUUUGAUGUUGGAUGAUAUUGAAGCUGCCGAGAUGAUGUUUAAGGAGUGGGAAUCCAGGGGAAUAUCCUAUUAUUUCCGAGUUCCUAACAUAUUGAUUAAUGCAUAUAGCAGGAAUAAUCUUUUAGAGAAGGCUGAAUCCCUUAUAGAUCAUGCGAUGAUGGAAGGGAGUGAACCUUCAGCUGAUGCAUGGUAUUCUCUGGCAAGUGGGUAUCUUGAGGUUAAUCAAGUCCCCAUGGCUAAGGAAGCUAUGAAGAAAGCAAUCUUGGUGUGUCUGGGAUGGAAACCCAUCAAGGAAACUUUAGCUUCCUGUUUGGAUCAUUUGGAAGGGAAGGGAGAUCAGAACAAAGCUGAAGAGUUCAUAGAAUUACUGAGAACUGAGAAUAUUUUCUCUCCAGUUGCUCACAACAGUUUGCUGACGUAUAUUAAGGGUCUCAAAUCACAAUCUGAUGGGCUUCUGAUAGCAGGUGGCUUCAAAGCUGACACCAUGCAAUCCUCUGGUAUGAUUCUGGUGAGUGGUGGAGGAACCGUGUUAGCGGGGACAAUCCGAUGGCCUAUGAGGCUGCUUCUGGAGUUCUGCCGUGAUGUGGACGAUGCAUGGGAGGACUGGAGUAAGGGGUCGGCUUAUUUUGCAGUGCUAGAGUUUGGAAAUGGGCCGAAGGCCCGCCAUUGGUCUCUCUCUGCAUUUCCUUCCGCCUUCUUUUAUGCAGAAUUAGAGAAGAAGAUGAGUGACCAUGAUUUUGGAUACUGA